CAGGCACUAUUUUAUUUGGGCGCUUGCGCUGCCCGUUUGACAUUUAUAUUUUUGUAGUCUGCUAUCGUUGGAUGCAACUUGCGCUUUGCACUGCAGUCCACAGAUCAUACAGUACACGCCAAUUGCCAAAUCCUAGCAGAUGGAACAGGUUACAGUGCGCUGCGAUGUAUCUGGCACCAGCUGUUAACGUUUCUUAUCGACGCAAUAAAAGCCGCGAUGUAAAUUAAGCUUUACUACAGUUCUGUGCUACUUACAUAUCUAUUUAACAUGUUCAGGCAUUGACAAUUUCAUUAAAUUCUCGCCGAUCUGUAGUCAGACUAUCGAUUAAUAAAUCAUUUGUCCGUAAAGAUAAUAGCGCAGGUAUGAUCUCCAUUUAUCAGUUCAUGGCAAUUUACAAACUAUGAAUUAUGCAAGACACAAUUUGAUUCAAGAGCUACUUUAAAUACCUAAAUGGCAUCCACUAGUAGAGAACCAGAUCAAGAGCCUGAACUAUCAUCAUGGGGUGCCCUUCGAGAAAUUUGCAAUACCUGUUUGGAUUACUUUUUUACUUAUCAAGACGAAAACAGUUUAAGAAUCAAAGGAGCACUCCAAGUUAUAAUUGAUACUCUGAAUGCAAUAAGGCCUUUGUAUAAUGAAAUUACAAGUAUAGCUCCUCGAUUUGAUUAUGAUGAGAAUACACCUGGUAAUGGCUACAGAAGUUUUUUAUUUUUGAUUGACAAGUGUAUAUUUCAUACUACUGCCAUAUGCCAGGAAACUUAUAACCAAAAGGAUUCUAUGCUCUUCAGAAAAAGCAAUUAUAUGAAGGAGAUAGAAGCGUACUCGCAACUUCUAGCUUCGCUUGGUACUUGUUUACAACAUAUGAAAACCUUGUAUUCUUGGAGAGAACAAACAGAAGAUGGAAGUUAUUCUUUAUUUCCUUCAGAUGAGCACAGUCCGCAAGAGCUUCUUAAUCAGGCUGAAAAUAUUAAUCAGUAUUGUUUUUAUGGUAGAUGUAUAGCAUUUCAGUUCUGUGAUAGUUUGAGAACCAUCUUAAAACUUAUCUCAGUAGGCAUGGCAUCAUUCAGUGAACUUUAUUAUGCGAAUGGCACUUUGCUUGGAAGAUGUUCCAAUUCUCUUCAAUAUGUCAUGGAUCCUGAAGCCAGAGCCCGAAGAAUAGUAACGAUAUCGCAACACGCUGAUAUAUCAUUUUGCAAAGCAUUUUGGCACUUGAACGAAAGCGACUUGCUGCUGAGCUUGCCGCAGAUGGUGAUGCCUACUUUGGCUAUAAAUCAAUUGAUAUCCAUACCACCAGAAGAGCUCAAAUGCCCCACACUCAGCGGUAAAAGCGUCCACAUCCCCAUACCAAAUAGUCACAUCGGCAAGAAACCUAUACACGUACGAUUGUUAAGCGCCAAACGUAGAAUAGGCAUGGUGGGUUCGGGCAGUAGCAAGGGUGCACUGGCAGAGGCUUCGGACUGCCUGCUCAUUCAUUGCCACGGCGGUGGCUUCGUGGCGCAGAGUUCGCGAUCGCACGAGGCGUACAUGCGCACCUGGACGGCCGAGCUCGACGUGCCGAUCCUCAGUAUCGAUUAUAGCCUAGCGCCCGAGGCACCCUAUCCUCGUGCCCUCGAGGAAGUCUUGUACGCGUACGUCUGGGCGCUGCAGCAUGCUAGCUCGCUGCUCGGUAGUACUGCCAAAAAAAUCAUCUUUGUCGGUGAUUCGGCGGGAGCGAAUUUGAAUUUGGUCACAACUCUGCGCUGUCUGGAGUUAGAUAUAAGAGCACCCGACGGUAUUUUCAUGGCUUACACUCCAGUACUCGUCGAGUUUGUGCCCUCGCCCGCUCGUUUAUUGUGCCUCAGUGAUCCUAUUUUGCCUUUUGGCUUUAUGAUGCGAUGUUUGAAAGCCUAUGCCGCUACCGAUCCCAGGACAGCGGAAGACAUAGAGAAGGAUAUACCAGACGAGCUGAUUGAGCUGGACCAAUCAGAAGCGGAAUCCUUUGCCGAGGUGAGCGAGAGCGAUCUCAUAGCUCUCGCCUUGAGCCCGAACGACGACGAUAACGACGACGACGACGACAGAAAUGAGCAAAACAAAUUGCCUUCGCUGCCUUCCGACUCAACUCUCAAUUCUAUGAGCUUGACCGAGGCCGAGGAUGGAUUGGAAGCCACUGAGAACUCGAUGGAAGAGACCAAGUCCCAGGAAUACAUAAGAAAGUUUUUGGACAUGUACAAGAAGUCGCGGAUCGGCUCGUCCGUGCAGAUGAUCAACGGAGCCCGAGGAGACGACGAACAGUCGAGCAACGGCACUAGCAGCGCCAAGCCCUGGACACUGUUCCGCUGGCAAAAGAGCAGCAAAGCUCCGACAAGACGCUUAGAGGCAGAGCCAGGAAAGAAGCCUUCCGAGGAAUUUGUUUUCUCCGUACCGAAGGAUCCGCGCUUGAGCCCCUAUCGGGCCUCCGAAGAUCUUCUCAAGAGACUACCACCCAUCAAAAUGCUUAGUUUAUAUCUGGAUCCGUGUCUUGACGACUGCGUGAUGUUCGCAAAGAAACUCAAAAAUUUAGGCAAACCAGUUUCUCUAGAUAUUCUGACUGGCUUACCCCACGGCUUUUUAAAUCUUUCUGUCGUUUCCAAAGAAGCGCACGAGGGCUCGUUAUUGUGCGUUAAAAGAAUAUCUGAACUUAUUAACGAGACGUAAUUACACUUGCUGAAAAAGUUAAGAUUAUGAUAUGCCGCCACGAAAGUAAUGAAAUCCAAUUUUUCCUGAAUAAUUAUCGAAAAUAUUAUAGCUUUUGAGAGAUAUUAUAUUCCAAUGAAUGGCAAUGAGUGACUUCGCAACUAUUACUUACGAUCAGUCGUCCUCCGGGUUUAAGGAGGUUUUUUUGAUGAAGAAUUUACACGUAUCGCUUUCAUGAAGUAUUUUCAGCUUUUAAGCAUUUACACGUACAAAUUUGUAAAUUAUUUUUCUCAUGAGAGCAAGUCGGAAAAGGGAAGUAUAUAUAUAUUGACGGAGGUCUAAAAGAAAUCUCAAUUAUAUUUUUUUACUGCAAUAAAUAGUGAAAGUUCAAGGAUUA